AUGUCCAAUGGAAUUGUGAACGGUACCGGACUUGAGAAUCAGUUUGCUUCUCUUGGUAUCAACGGUACAAAACCGGCAUAUGUUCCUCCGCAUAUGAGAAGCUCGCAGCGGGCUGCAUCCACCCCCGUGGUUCCUGUCAACGAUGGCAACAGCUGGACUGACUCCCGCUCUCCCACUCCUCGCGGUGGUUACGGUGGAGGUAGAGGUGGCUCUGGCAACGACAGGAACUUCAGUGGGGGCGCCCCCCGUGGAGGAGGCGGUGCCGGCGGAUGGGGCGGUCGCCGCGACGAUAGCGGUUGGUCCGGAGGCGGCUCCCGCGGAGACAACAACGGCGUCGGUAUGUGGAAGGAUGGUGUGCACGUCCCGGGUGCCCGCAACGCGCGCCUGGAGAAAGAGCUGUACGGUGAUCCCGACGAUCCGUCCAAGCAACACACCGGCAUCAACUUCGAGAAGUACGACGAUAUACCCGUCGAAGCGACCGGCGCCGGUGUCCCCGACCCUGUGAUUGCCUUCACACACCCGCCCUUAGACCCCACUCUGCUGGAAAACAUUGGUUACUCUCGUUACACUACGCCGACUCCGGUUCAAAAGUAUUCGAUACCUAUUGUAGCCCUUGGCAGAGACCUCAUGGCUUGCGCUCAGACGGGUUCUGGCAAGACAGGCGGUUUCUUAUUCCCCAUUCUAUCGGCAUCCUUCACUAAUGGUCCCAGGCCACCCCCGGCCGACACGACAGGCGGCGGAUACGGACGCACUCGCAAAGCAUACCCCACUGGCCUUAUUCUCGCCCCGACCCGCGAGUUGGUCAGCCAGAUCCACGAGGAGGCCCGCAAAUUUUGCUACCGCUCCUGGGUUCGCCCGGCUGUGGUCUAUGGUGGUGCCGACAUCAACCAGCAGCUCCGCCAAAUCGAGCGUGGCUGUGACCUUCUCAGCGCUACCCCAGGCCGUCUCGUUGAUCUGAUUGAGCGUGGGCGCAUCAGCCUUGCCAACAUUCGCUACCUCGUCCUUGAUGAGGCUGAUCGUAUGCUGGACAUGGGUUUCGAGCCCCAGAUUCGUCGGAUCGUGCAGGGCGAGGACAUGCCCGGCGUUAACGAUCGCCAGACGCUCAUGUUCAGCGCCACAUUCCCGCGCGACAUCCAGAUGCUUGCUAGGGACUUCAUGAAGGACUACGUGUUCCUGUCCGUUGGCCGCGUUGGGUCGACCUCCGAGAACAUCACGCAAAAGGUCGAAUAUGUCGAAGACAACGACAAGCGCUCCGUGCUGCUUGAUGUGCUCUCUGCACAUGGAGCCGGACUCACCCUCGUCUUCGUCGAGACCAAGCGGAUGGCGGACAUGCUGUCUGACUUCCUCCUCGCCAACCACCUCCCCGCAACCUCCAUCCACGGUGACCGCACGCAGCGCGAGCGUGAAAUGGCGUUGCAGACUUUCAGGAGCGGCCGCACGCCAGUCCUCGUCGCUACGGCCGUGGCAGCUCGUGGUCUUGAUAUCCCGAACGUCACCCACGUCGUCAACUACGAUCUUCCGUCUGACAUCGACGACUACGUCCACCGUAUCGGUCGUACUGGCCGUGCCGGCAACACCGGAGUCGCCACCGCGUUCUUCAACCGCGGCAACAAGAACAUUGUUCGCGAUAUGCUGGAACUACUCCGCGAGGCGAACCAAGAAAUCCCUGCAUGGUUGGAGACCGUUGCUCAUGAAAGCUCCUUUGGUGGCGGUACGCGUGGUCGCGGCGGUCGUGGCCGUGGCGGCGGGCGUACCCAGUCGACGCGUGACUUCAGGUCGGGAGGAGGAGGAGGCGGCGGUGGAUAUGGCGGCGGCGGCCGUGGUGGCUAUGGCGGUGGUCCUUCGUACGGCGGUGGUGGCGGGGCUGGCGGAGCCGGCGGCGGCAGCUGGUGGUAA